UUCUUUCUCGCUUCUUCUGUGUCUCCGCUCCCUUCCGCUUUCCAGAAACAUUCAAUUUCCCCCAUCGCAGAAGAAGCUCUUCUUCUUAGCUCUCCGUUCCUUCAUUGCUCUGCUUCUCUCCGUUCAUGGCCGGAGCUUCGCAGAAGCACGGGCGUGAUCAGCCUGUGGACUUCCAGGGAUUUCUGAAUGACUUGCAGGAUUGGGAGCUUAAUGUCAAGGAUAAAGACAAAAAGAUGAAGUCUUCACCUGCUUCUGAUAAGAUUGAUGGGAAUGGGAGAUCGGUGCAGAAAAAUUAUGCGGCAGAUUCUUCGAGGAGGACCAUUUCCAGAGGACUUUUCGAUUAUUCCAGGAGCAUUGGUUCGAUCGGCAGGAUAUCAAAUGAUGAGGAUGCAGUGGAUGCUACUUCAGAGAAAGAAUUGGGCAAUGAGUAUUUUAAGCAGAAGAAAUUUGCAGAAGCUAUAGACUGCUACUCUCGGAGCAUAGCUCUGUCACCGACUGCAGUCGCCUAUGCAAAUAGGGCAAUGGGCUAUAUCAAACUCAAAAGAUUUCAAGAGGCCGAGGAUGAUUGUGCAGAGGCCUUGAAUCUAGAUGACCGUUACAUAAAAGCAUACUCGCGUAGAGCUACAGCUAGGAAAGAAUUAGGAAAACUUAAGGAGUCGAUGGAAGAUUCUGAUUUUGCCCUAAGGUUGGAACCUAAUAACCAGGAAAUCAAGAAACAGUAUGAUGAGGCAAAGUCUUUGUACGAAAACAAACUGUUUCAAAAUUUAUCAGGAGGAUCUAAAGCCUCCACAAAAUCAGCAGCAAAAUUAGGAAGGUCAGACAUUAAAGUGAAUGGGGAUGGAGAUGCUUCUGUAACUGUUUCGAGACUGUCCCAGGCUGGAUCAGCAGCUGUUCGGAUAGAUGGGAUUAAGGAGAAUGGUGGUGGAGAUCUUGGGACCAAAGCUCUAUCGAUAGAGGAACUAGAAACCAUAAGCACAGUGACUAGUAGCAGAGCUGAAAGGCAACAUGUCAACAAGCCUCAAGCACCUGCUGGUCCAAGUUCUAGUUCGGAACAAGUACAGUUUUAACAGAAUCGUAGCAAAAAUGAAAAGCAAGAGCUUAAACCUUCUGUACAUGAACUUGCUUCACGAGCAGCUACUCUUGCCGUGGCUGAAGCUGCAAAAAACAUUACACCACCAACUUCAGCUUAUCAAUUUGAGGUUUCUUGGCGACGGUUUUCUGGGGAUCGAGCGCUGCAGGCUCACCUGCUAAAGAUUACCCCUCCAGGUGCAUUACCACAGAUAUUCAAAAACGCAUUAACUGCUCCUAUGCUAAUCGACAUCAUCAAGUGUAUUUCCACAUUCUUCAAAGACAACAUCGAUCUGGCAGUGAAAUACCUAGAGAACUUGACCAAGGUCCCAAGGUUUAGCAUGCUUAUCAUUUCUCUUUCAACACCCGACAAGACUGAUCUUCACAAGAUGUGGGACGAAGUAUUCUGCAGCGAGGCGACUCCAAUUGAGUAUGUAGAGAUCCUCGAUAACUUGCGAUCCGCAUACUGCAUCGGAUGAUUGUACCUGUAGGUGUAACAUACUUCUUCCAAGGUCUAAUGAGUAAUGAUAUAAUAUAUAAGAUGUUCCUCCCCUUGUUCCCAAUCUGCUUGCUUGUGUCUUCUACGUUGCGCCUUGUCAUUGUAAUGCGACAUAGUCCUCGAGUAAAAGUGAUGUAUCAAUAGUGAUCUUACCAUCACUGCU